CCUUUAUUCGGGUUCUCAUCUCAAAGUAAACGCAGUAUAGGAAAUAGGAGAGGUGUGCAAAACGAAGGAUUUUCGGUUUUCCAGUUCCUCUUCUCAAAUUGAAUACCUUCGAAGCACGUCUAAUCUCUAUGCAGUCACGCGAUCAGUUGCUGAUUUAAUAACUCGAUUUUUGUCGAGCGUUUCCAAUCUACUCAAUAUCGCCUGCUUAUAGGUAUAAGAAGUUAUUAAAUCUGUCGUCACGCGUAUGUACAUGUGUGAUUUCGUUGAUCUUGCUGAUUUACGAACUUGCCAGUAUUUCAUGAGUCUCGAUAGAUUAUGUGGAAACACGCGCCGAUAUUGCCGGCGGUCGUCGACGAGGCGAUUUUAUGAUCACUUCAAUUAUCACCUUCAUGUACGUAUGAUUGCGAGAAGAUCGGUGUUACUUCCCAAUCAGAGAUGUACAAAUCAACGACGAUUUUGUCUAUAUCGUAGCUAUGGCUGGAAUGCGGGAGGAUAGUUUUCAGUUAUUUAGCCACGUGGAGAUAAUUCAAGACUUUAUUAAUACAUCAGAUUCUGAAAUAAAUAUCGAGUGUGUGCAAUCGACAAGUAUUAAGAGCAUAAGACAAUUAGUUUUAGCAGUAAACAAUAUAUUUCAUCUGUGAGUGCUGAAUUUGUCUCAUUUUCAAUAAUAUAUAUCUUCAAAUAGUAAUGAAGAAGAAAAAGAAGAUUACAAUUUAAAUGUUGUAACUGGAUUAACUACAAAAAGAGUCAGAAUGCAAUGCAAUUUGCUAACACCUCUACCACUGUUUACAGAUUCUGUAGAUUUAUUAGAUGAACAAUCUAUUAGCGAUAUACAAAUUGGUCAGUUCUUAGAUAUGGAGAGUAAUAACUAUAUUUUAAAUUUGAGUAAAGAGAAUAUACAAUCAAUAAUAGGUGGUGCUAUAAGCGAUCAGCAUAGAGUGAUAGGAUAUAAGGAGGAUGUAAUAAAACAAGAUGCCAAUAAGGAGAAUGGAGUAGAUUGUACAAAACAAACGACAGUAAGACGGAGCUCCCGAGUGAAUCAACAAAAUGAAUGCAAAAGCAAAGAUCUCUUUCCAAAAAGAAAAAAAGCCACAAAGACUCGUAGCAAAAUAAGAUAUAAAAAAAAUACAAAAUCGAAAGAAAAAGAAGCAACAGCAAAGAAAAGUAACACACAUAUGAAAAAAAUACGGAGCAAUAUAAAUGAUAAGCAUAUCAAUAAUAAACAAACUGAAGAGAAAAUUGUGACAUCAGAUCAAUCUGUUGGUCAGUCCGUGAGAUCUGCCACUGGUAUACCUCGUGCCGCGUGGGGUGAUAUGACUGACGGUCCUCAAAGUGAAACGGAUCAACUUGAGUAUCCAGCCAACAGCGAGAUUCUCUAUGCUGUUGACUUGAUGACCGUGCGAUCCGCUUUGGAAAAAAUGCAGGCGAUGCCAGAUUAUCAACCACGCAAGACGCGUUCAUCAGAGAUAUAUGGUGGUUUUGAAUACGGUAGUAAACAUUCUCGGAAAUAAAGGCUGCGGGAUCAUUUUGAGCUGAUGAGCGAUGCUUCGAUGGAUUUCUCAUGCUACUUGCGCAAGCGACAGGAAUAGUUUUUCUUGUGAUUAUUGUGAUAUUGCACUCGGCUUGUGUUUCUUAAACUACAUGUAUAUUCAUAUUUUUGAUAAUAUUAACGUAAUCCUAAUCUCUUGGUCUUUUAGACUAUAUAUUAUUAAAUCAAUGAUUUUAUAAGUUUGCAAAGAAAAGAUUAGUAAAUAAACAGUAAAAAAUAAAUAGAAUGUUUAUACGUGUAGAAAAUAAACUUUUAAAUAUAUAUAAUUAUGUACACAUAGUAUUACGUACAGGUAAUAUAAUUGUGUAUGCAAUUUGUUUUCUUGUUUCUUGACAUAUAUGUGUCGUAUCUAUUUUUUUAUAACAAAAAUUAGAUUUAAUAAAACUAUAAGUUUUAUCAAUUGCGUCAAUCAGUUAGCGUUGUAACACGUGUCAUAUAUUAAAGAUUAAAAGAUAACUGAAA